CAUUCCCUAUCCAUAACUUUUGUUCUUUUUUUCCUCGCUCCCCCUUUAUUGCUCUCCACUCUUCCCGGCAGGCCAAAUCUCCCGGGACUUGAGUGGCGCCGCCAACAACAUCCAUUGCACCGGCUUUACUAUUAUUAACCAAACAGUAUUGAUAACCAGCGCCCGUGUUUACGCCAGACAGAGAGAGGAGGGGUCGCAUCCAUGGACGCCGUCGGCCUUGGCUUAAGUGGCAUUCCAGGCCCGCCUCGCUGCUGCUGCGGAAACCAUGAUUGUGCUUUCCUGGCUUACAACGGUCGCCUGCUCGAAGGUUUAGAAAGAGACGUUUCCAAGGCUGCUCAACUCGGCCAAGCUCUCCUAGUCCGCCACGAGGCCUAUGUAGCCGACUCGGAGCGCGAGCGCAGAGAAAUGAUUGCCACGAUUGAGAAUCUCGAGCGGGACAAGAGGCUGCUCGAGACUCAGAAUGCCCAGUCCAUCAAGACCAACCGCGACCUCCUCGACCAGCUCGAGCACUUGAACAACACCGUUGCCGAGUCCGACGCCCACAUCCAGGCCCUCGAGGACACGCUGCGAUCGACCGAAGACGAAAUCGGGCGCCUCGGCUCCCUGGCUGCACGAACCCAGUUGCUCGAGAAACAGCUGAUUGAUCUCGAAAAGGAACAGUCUCAGCUUCAGCGCAGCCUCGAUGCCAAACUCGUCGACGAGCGGACUGCCAUCCAGCGAUGGAAGGCGGCCGAGCGCACCAUUGGAGACCUCCAGGACCAGAUUGACCGUAUCGAAAAGGAAUCCCGAGCCGAGCGCCAGCGACACCAUGAGGUCGUCGCCCGCAUGGAACGCCGCAUGGCCGUCGAAAGCGAACUCAACUCUGCUGCAACCCGGCUCAAGGCAAAGGCAGGCCACGACAAGGGCGGCAACGGUGUCGUCUCUCACUUCGUAAAGGACAUUCUACUUGACAACGCAAAUCUACAACACGGUAUCAUGGAACUACGCGAAAUGCUCGGCAACUCAAACGAAGAGGUGGAGCGUCUCCGAGACCAGCUCAGGGACCACCAGCCCACGUCGCCCUCGCAAUCCGGAGAAAUCACAAGCCCAACGCUACAAAAGGAACUCGAAAUGGAACAGGAAUCACUUAGUCAAGAACUGCACAUACACCACCACUUCCAUGGCCCAAAGACGCCCAGGAAUCCAUCAAAGGGACCGGCCCGGGGCAGGUCCAAGAAGAAGCGAUUUACUCUGACUCCCACUCACUUCGACCCACCGCCGACGCUCGAGCGCUCCUCCACCGCUGCCAUCCUGAACCAGACUGCUGUCACAGUGCCCAACUCGCAUCGAUGGUCUCAAGCCUCCACACUGGGCCCAGGCUCAUUUGCGGGCUCGCCUGUCUCCGACUCGCGCCGCGGAUCCAUGUACGAUCGUGUCUUUAGCGAGGCAUACGACUCGUCACGCCCAACCAGCCCUCCAGACUCCAUUUGCUCUCCCAUGUUCGGCUCUUCCAAAUCGAAUGACUACAGCUCAGAUCAUGACGUUGUGCCGUCUCUCGGUCGAAGACGCUCGGGCACGCUCGACCAAGGCAAGAACGUCAUCAGGCACUCGCGUCGCAAGUCUCGUGGUCUCAUGCCUCCGAGCCUGUCCAACAUGCGCAGUUCCAGCACACCCAUUUCCUUUACUACCAAGAGCAGCCCCGCCAGCGCCGUCAUCUCGGCUGUCAGCCCCGCAAACUCAUUUACAAACGAUAGUUUCUCCCUUUCGCCCGCUAUGCAGACCGAGCCUCAAGCCGCGAUACCCGAGGAGUGUGAGGAGGCUGCUUUGUCAACAGCCGAACCGUCUAUCGCCAACUCUGCAGAGUUUGAGCCUGACGAGCUUGUGUCGCCCAUUUCCGCGAUGCGUCCGUCACUACAUCGCCACGCCUCGCACUCAUCCCUCAUUUCAAUAUCUGGCAUGGAUAUCCAUACGCUACAGUCACGACCCUCGCAGCUCAUGUACUCUUCUCCACGUUUUGCAGGCGUUGGUCUUGCUGGAUCCGUCGGACCAGAAGUUGCGUGGGGCGCUACCGCGUACGGCACCUUGUCGAGCAAGGCAACCGAUGGCAGCAUGCUCAGCCGCACCAUGCUGAGCAUUGCAAACCAGAAGCGCGGCCCCCGCAAGAGCGAUGGCCACCAGCCCACCACCAGCCCUGGCAUCACCCAGAAAGUAGGCGGCUGGGUCUUUGGCAAAUGGGGCGCUACCCCCGCUCCUCCAUCCGAGUCUGCUACUCGCCCCCCAUCCGUCUUGAGCCAGCAAACGCAAUCGAGUGCUGACACUGGUUCCUCCAAGGAAGGAUCCGAGAGCUCCAAGAAGACCAAAGACAAGGCCAAGGCGAGGGCCAGCGGCGUCAAUCAGACCGGUCCUAUUUGGGGCGUUUUCGGUGACGCACCUGAAACUCCUGCAAAGGUCGUAGUACAAGACUACGACGCCGAAGCCCUCGGCGAUGCAUUGGUUGAUGCUGAGAAAUAAUUUUUUUUGGCUUCUUUUUUUUGUUUUCUCCUUUGUUUCGCUCAACGAUCGCAAAUCGUUUCAUGACCCUUUAUACACAUUUUUUAGCCACGUUUUUUGUUCGUGCAUUCUGGCGACUCACGCAACGGCAUCACAUCACGAUAGACUUGCAUUAUAACCGGCGUUUUCUUCUUCCUUUUUUUUACAAGGGGUUUCUCCUUGCGUCUCUCGUUCAUAUCAGGAGACUGCGAAUGAAUGGGUAUGGGUAUGGCGUGAUGAUUAUAUGCGAGAAGAUUACCAGAUAUGCGGAGGGAUGGAGGGGAGAAAUCGAUCAAAUCGAUACCCAGGGUAUAUACAUUAUAUAGAUACGUAUGCGGGUAUAUAUAUACAUAUGUAUACAUGGCCAUAUACUUCGAUGUGCAGA